AUUAAGCUACAACUACAACUAGCUUCUCUUCAAACGUUCCUUCUCUCUCCCCUCACACAAGAGAAAUCUUAGAGUGUGUGUGAGAGAGAUAUUCCAAAAUCAUGUCUCACAGUCACCUAUCUUUUGCAUUUGGGGUUCUAGGUAACAUUGCCUCCUUCAUCUGCUUCCUUGCACCAGUACCUACAUUUUAUAGAAUCUGUAAAAAAAAAUCAACAGAAGGGUUCCAAUCAAUUCCAUAUGUGGCAGCUCUCUUCAGUGCAAUGCUUUGGAUAUUUUAUGCCUAUGUCAAAACCGGAGAAAUGCUACUUAUCACCAUUAAUGCAUUUGGCUGUGUGAUUGAGACAAUUUACCUUGCCAUCUAUGUUACUUACUGCUCCAAAAAAUCUAGAAUUUCAACAUUGAGGAUGAUUAUCUUGUUGAACUUUAUUGGAUUGGGCUCUAUUGUAGUUCUAACCAACAUCCUAGCAAAAGGAGAAGGCCGUGUCAAGCUUCUUGGAUGGAUUUGUGUAGUGUUUGCUACUAGUGUUUUUGCUGCACCUUUAAGUAUUAUGCGGACAGUUAUUCGCACGAAAAGCGUAGAGUUUCUUCCAUUUCCACUUUCACUUCUCCUCCUGAUUAGCGCAAUUUUGUGGCUGUUAUAUGGAAUUUCAUUGAAAGAUAUCUAUGUUACGCUCCCUAACGUUGUGGGCUUAGCAUUUGGAAUGAUUCAGAUGAUACUAUAUGCAAUUUACAGAAACAACGUCCCUGUAAAGGAUGAGAAGCUUCCAGAACACAAGGGGGAGAUCAACAAUGAUAAAAAUGUAGCUCCAACUGUGAGUGAUGAGAAACAAGAACAGAGUAUUGAGAUUGUGGAGAAGAAGGAAGAGAAGGAAGAUGAGCAUCCUAAUGAGAAGAAGCAGGACCAAGUAGCUAAUGACAAAACAGAGCUCAAGAAAACAGGGGAUGAUAGUGAGAAUUGCCAAGUUUAAUGGAAGAACAAGUGUGCAUGCCAUUGCCUCCAUUUAUCUCUGUUGGUCUCUCUUCAAUGCACAUGUAAAAUCAUAAGACGCAUAAAAGGGGCAGAGAUUGUGUAGAUACCACUAUGAUCUAUAUCUACAAUAGGUGUUUAAUUAACUUCUUUUUGGUUCACUUUUUUAUGUCAUUUCUGUUUUGUUUACCUCAAGCUUAGUUAAUAAUGGUUUUAUAUUAUAUGAAGUAUAGUUUUUUUUUUUUUUGAACUAUAUAUGAUAAUAUGAAGUAUAGUUGUAGUCUUGUUCUUGUAGAAGCUUAUUCAAUCACCUAUCCACACAAGCUGCAUGAAUACCGACUAGUUAAGUUUUUU